AUGCUGCGCAAGAAAGAAAUUUACACGAACUUUACCCCCAUUCCUCCCCAAGUGCCCCGCCAACUAGCUCUCGACAUCCUCCACAGCCACAGCGAGAUCAUCACGCUGAAUCCGCUCGUCCUCUCCCACCGUCCUGUCAAAGCCCCGCAGAACGCAGUCGCAGAUGAGUAUUAUUCAACCUGGUACGAAAUCACCGAGCGCGUCCAGUAUCUCCCGGGCAUUGGGAAGCUCGGCUCAGGCAAGAUCAGCUUCAAGGGCAGCUUUCACAAUACGCCGUGGGGCUUGCAGACGCACACCUACGGGCCCGUAGGCGUGGACCUGCGCAUUGAAUGGCGCAUCGGGGGUAACCAGCCCGACGAGCCCGAGGCAGAACAGACGGAAGAUGGGGCGCCUCGGGGGCUGUAUCUGCGCGAGAAUAUUAGUAUCGAAUGCAACCUGACGCUACUCUCAUUCGUGAAGAAAGAACUGCAGGCUUCGUCCAAGGUACUUGUCGACCGACUGAUCAAGAAAGCGGAGUUAUUAGAUGCCGGCGCACUGGAAGGCUUCAUGGAGGCUGGGAUACUGAAGACGUUUAAUCCGGCUGAUCGGUCGACUAUACCACCAGUAGAUUGGGCGGCUGCCGAGGAGCCGCAGUCUCCAACGUCGUCGAUAGCUCGGUCCAGGUGGUCGAUGUCGUCAGGGUCGAGGCGUACAUCUGGUCCGUCCCGCCAUUACGGGCAAGAUCAGAAGCCAAGCAUGGCGGUGGAGCUGCCGGGUAAGUGUAUCAUUCAUAUCAAUUAUUGA